CGGCGUCCCACCCCCCGGCCCCGGCCCGAGCAGCCGGAGCCGUGCCCCCCCUGCUGCUGCCGCCGCCGCCGCCCCUGGCCCCGGCCCCGGCCCCGGCGCGGCCCCGGCGGCGGGUGCCUGGAUGUGGAGUUUGUCAUGAGUCCGGCCGGCUGCUCGCAUGUGAACAGCUUUAAGGUGGAGAACUGGCGGCAGAACCUGCGGGUCAUCUACCAGUGCUUCGUGUGGAGCGGGACCCCUGAGACCAGGAAGCGCAAGGCAAAGUCGUGCAUCUGUCAUAUGUGUGGCGCCCACUUAAAUAGACUCCACUCUUGCCUCUACUGUGUCUUCUUUGGCUGUUUUACAAAGAAACAUAUUCACGAGCACGCAAAGACAAAGCGACACAACUUGGCCAUAGACCUUUUGUAUGGGGGUAUAUACUGCUUUAUGUGUCAGGAUUACAUAUACGACAAAGACAUGGAACAAAUUGCCAAAGAAGAACAACGGAAAGCUUGGAAAUUACAAGCCUUCACCCCAACAGUGGUUUCUCACUACCAGUGUACAAUGACAGGAAUUGGAGAGAAGUAUUCAACUUGGGAGCCAACCAAACGAGAACUAGAAUUGCUUCGACAUAAUCCUAAGCGGAGAAAAAUAACCACAAAUUGUACCAUAGGUCUACGAGGGCUAAUCAAUCUUGGGAACACGUGUUUUAUGAACUGUAUUGUCCAAGCACUUACCCACACUCCACUACUGCGAGAUUUCUUCCUCUCUGACAGGCACAAAUGUGAAAUGCAAAGUCCCAGCUCAUGUCUGGUUUGUGAAAUGUCUACGCUUUUUCAGGAGUUUUACUCUGGGCACCGAUCUCCUCACAUUCCAUAUAGGUUACUGCACCUGGUAUGGACGCAUGCACGACAUUUAGCAGGGUACGAGCAACAGGAUGCACACGAGUUCCUCAUUGCUGCAUUAGAUGUGCUGCACAGACACUGCAAAGGUGACGAUAAUGGGAAAAAGGCCAACAACCCUAACCACUGUAAUUGUAUCAUCGACCAAAUCUUCACAGGUGGACUGCAGUCGGAUGUCACCUGUCAAGUUUGCCAUGGCGUUUCUACAACGAUAGACCCAUUCUGGGACAUCAGUUUAGACUUGCCUGGUUCUUCAACUCCAUUCUGGCCACUUAGUCCAGGGAGUGAUGGCAGCGUGGUAAAUGGGGAAAGCCAUGUAUCCGGAACCACCACACUCACAGACUGCUUGCGAAGGUUUACAAGGCCAGAGCACUUAGGAAGCAGUGCCAAAAUCAAAUGUAGUGGUUGCCAUAGCUACCAGGAAUCCACCAAACAACUCACUAUGAAGAAAUUACCCAUUGUGGCCUGUUUUCAUCUCAAACGGUUUGAACACUCAGCCAAACUGAGGCGAAAGAUCACUACGUAUGUCUCCUUCCCCUUGGAGCUGGACAUGACACCAUUUAUGGCCUCCAGUAAAGAGAGCAGAAUGAAUGGACAGUACCAGCAGCCAACGGAUAGUCUAAACAAUGAUAAUAAGUAUUCCUUGUUUGCAGUAGUUAAUCACCAAGGAACCUUGGAGAGUGGGCACUAUACCAGCUUCAUUCGACAACACAAGGACCAGUGGUUCAAAUGUGAUGAUGCCAUCAUCACUAAGGCUAGCAUUAAGGAUGUUCUAGACAGUGAAGGGUACUUACUGUUCUAUCACAAACAAUUCCUGGAGUAUGAGUAGCCUUAUCCAACAGCUCUCCAGAAAAGUAAAAGGAAUUAAGCAAGCCUUCUGUAAUGACACACAGACCUACCUGAAAUGAAAAAAAUAAGCCCAUAUGAUAACAACGAGCGCCGAGUUGUACUAGGACCUACUUGAUAAUGGCACAUGGGCCUAUCGGAGUAAGAAACGAACAAUGUCCAACGUCCACAUGGUCUUGAAUGGACAGAAAGGGGGGGAGGGGGAAGAGGCUCAAGUCAGUCUCAUAAAAGAGGAAAACAAAAUAAAAGGAAUGUUCUGGGUGGGGGAAAUGGGAGCAGAGGAGUCCUGACACUGGUACAUAUCCGAUGUUCUCAAAAAAAAAAAAAAGGUGGGAAGGCGGGGAUAUACCCUCAUCUCCAUAAAGCAUCUUCUCCAUUGGUGCUUCAGCUCCAACUGACCAAUCAUAUAACAGUUAUAAGUUCAAAAAAAAGGUUUUAAAAAAAAAAUCCAAGCCCAUUUUUUUUUUAUGCAUAUGGGUCUGAAAGCAGUAAAGUGGAGGAGACAGGGAUGACACAACAAAAAAAAGGACUUUGCAAGUAUCUUUUUAUUUGUGAAUUUUAGUUAUUAAAUAAAUACAGUAUGAAACUAUUAGUUUCUGUUUUUUCAACAAUCCUAAAGGAGAAAAUCUGACUUGUGGAAUGGAAACCUCAGUUCUGACCCAAGUCUCCAAGCAUGUUUGCUCCCCAGGUAACCUGACACUGGACUGUUGGCCAAAGCAUCAGCACAGAUUCUACUCUGAGCCCUCUUUGGUUUUGUUUUCUAAAAAUUGGUGUUUUGUGUUUUCCUUUUAUUCUCCUUUUUUUAUGGGGAUGAGUUCCACAAAUGCCAUUAUCAGAUCAGCAAGAUGGGAGAAUUGACAUGUUUGUGCUAUAAAAGUGGUUUGAUUUCUUUUCCUCUUUAAACUUGUGACCAAGUCUUGAUUUCUAAGAGUUGUUGUUUUUGUUGCUUCCCCUCUUCUCUUUCCCUCCUUUCCCUGCCUUGGAGAUAUACAGUAUUUUAGAGACUUCGGCUUUGAGGAUAUGCCAUCUGUCUGCUGGGGAUGCCUGGUGGGUGCAGUACAGAAGAAUAGCUCUUGCCUCUGUUGAAUUUCCCACAUUAUACCAGGCUGUUAAGUAAACCAGGCAUUUUCCUUGUUUGUGCUGUUUUAUUGGCCUCUUUCCUCUUGCUCAUCUUGAGCCCCACCCUGUCACUGCUUAGCAGCUGGGUAGCUGGUUCGAUUCCAUUCUGUGUUGUCACCAGUGCAUUUCUUAUCAUCACCCCCGUGUCCUUUUGCUCGUAAGAGUGAUCCAUUUGCCUGUCUAGACGCUGGCUGUAAUUCUCCAUGUCGUCUGUUUGUUUCCCAGGAGGCGGUGCCAUACACCUAAUUGCAGUCCAUGAGGCACAAAGAUAUUAUUCCCCUUGUGCCUCUAGAGUACAGAGCAAAGAACCAAUUUGGCUUUGCCCUUAUCCCCCACUGAAUAGUUACAGAUCUGUCCUAUCGUAUCCAAUAAGCCAGACUGUCUAAAUCUGGGCUGCAGUCUAAUAGGUUAUGUGCCUCUACGUACAUAGUUUUCCUCUUGUUGGAAAACUAUGGCUUUCAGGGAGAGUGGAAGGUUGGGAAAGAAAGGUAGUUUGGCAGUAAGACGAAACAAGGAAACUGAAAAGAUUGCAUGUACCUACCUGUUCAAGCCCAAGCCUGGAAUGCGUUUGUCUAUUUUUGUGAAACUCCUACGUUUACAUCCUAGUGAUUGGGGGAGGGGGGAUUGUCUUCAUGUUCAGUUUCUAAAAUGAACAUCCCCUCGAGCUGCAUUCAAUACUGGGAACCCUAGUCUACCUCCAAAUGUCAGGCUUGCAACCCCGGAGCUGAAUAGAACAAAGCCAUCUCAUUCACUACUUAAGUAGGAGUUUGGUCCUGGGGACUGAAGGUCCCAGAAGCUAGAAGCUGACAGUUACCCACUAACACGGAUGGCAGCCGCAGGGCGAGGCAGCUGGCAGGCUUCCUUAGGGACAAGCUGCAGCUUUGCGAUCCUGACCCAGCUCCCACCCGGAGCCCGCCUGCCAUGGACGAGCACAGAUUCUAACCGAGUUCCCAUCAGCCGUGUGACGGAAUGCUUUUAAAGGGCAUCACCCCCUUUUUUCCUUUUUCCCUCCAUUGCUGCCUUUUCAUUAAUAAUGCAACAGGUCUGCAGUGGAGAAGCUUUGGCUUUGCUCAUUUCCCAGCCCAUGCUGAGGAAUGUAGCCAUGAUCCAUGUAUAGUUUUGCUGAAAAGAGCCCCCUCUCGUGGCUAAUACCGAAUCCUCUGCAUGCAAGGCAAACAAAGCAAAUUCACAGGUUUGCUGUAUGUACUGUUCUGGCUUUUUUGGUUUUGUUUUUCAUUUUUGUUUUUAAGCUGGGCAGGUUAACCCCUUCUGGACUCACCCCAGUAUCAUGCUUGUGCUGCUCAGUGACUGCAGUUGCCAAGUAGCCAGGGUGGAAGAGGUGGCCCAUCCUCUCUUGAGUCUCUCCCCUCUACCUUGCCUGGAUUUGCCACCGUUUGCUUCAUCUACCCUCCUCGCUGCCUUUUUCCUUCUCUCCUCUUUUCCCUGUGUUCAGGCAGAAGGAACAUCAGCUGUACUAAUAACUUAAGUUGAUGAGAGCCAGUGGAUCUGCACUGAUUUUUUUUAAGACACUGAUAAAAGUUUUUUGGAUCCAGAUUAAUCUUCCUUGUCCACUUGUCACCUACUCUUGCCAUUGGUCUUGCGAGCACUUUGAUAGAUGGAUUGAAAAGUUUUCAGUUUUUGCUGAAGCAUCUGUAACUACCUACCUCUAUAUCUGCUGCUGCUGAAAAUUCCUCCUAUAUAACCUUUGUGACAUUAGACGGUGGGAUUUGACAGUGCACUAGGGAAGCGACUAGCUUCUUGACAAAAGUGGAAGAAUACCGAGGCCUCCAAACUCCUGCUGCAGCCUGUCAAUGCCUUUGCCCAUGCUCUGGCGGUGGACCCUGUCUUUAUUGUGCUGACUUGAAUUCACCCUUAAAAGGAUAAACUCAACUGAAAUCAAAUAUACCUAUUGCAGUGUUGGGAGCUUCCUCCUCUUAGUCCCCAAUCCAGCUGUCAAAGUGGAAGGACUAUUCCCCUACCUCCUGACAACCGCCCCCCAUAUAUGUGUUCAGACUUCUGCAAAGUGCAUCGUAUCACCAGGUAUCUAAUCAUCUGUGACACCCUGACAUGUUGAGAAAAAUAGAUUGUCGAGACUUGUGUCUUUCUGGAACUAUUCUUGCCAUCAUUUCAACCACUCACUGAAAAAAAAAAAGUGAAUUUCCCCCCCCUUUCAAAUGUCUGAACUAUGAGCUUUGAGGCAGCUGUGGCAAGGGGCUGGGAGAAAGAAAAAUUGGGCAGUUGCCCAGAGAAUUGACCCAACUGCAUAAAAUAGUUAACUGGUCCCACGCUGAUCAGGUUUCCUUAGGACAGAAGGUUGGUGACUUACCAAGUUUCAGUGGCUGGGCUGGGAUUGGUCUCUUUCUUCUGGUCAUGGCUCUUGCAGGGCUGUUCUCAUCAGAUCAUCCCUUGCAGCAGCAACAAUGGGGUACUGGUGUACAUUGAUGCACUGGCUCAAACUUUCCUCACUGCUAUUGUAUUGCAAUUUGGUGUGUGUGGGUGGGUGGGUGUGUGCUCUUUUCAUUGUACAAAGACUGUUCUUUUGAAAAUUCAGGUUAACGGGUUUGUUCACUUUCUUUGAAAGAAAAUUGUUUGAAUGAAAAUCCUGUGGGUGGGGGAAGUGGGGAUUUUAUUACCAAGAUGUUUACACCUUCCAUUGCCUAUCAUUUCAUUUGAGGAGCUCCUCAACGCCUGCCCUGAUGGCUUGUAGUCCUUCAGAUUCCCAUAAUAAAGCCUACAUUCUAUUCUGGGA